CGUUCUUAAAAUGUGGUGGUCUUUGUACCGGAUAAAAACUUCAACCAUGUGGCAUUAUAGUUAGCAGUAUAAACAUGUAUUCCAGGAAUAGACAUCGUAGAUACCCAAGUAUCCUUCUCCCCAUUGUACUAUUGUUAAUAUGCAGGACUUUCGUCGAUGCAGAGACUGCUAACGGAACGGGGACGACCGGUACCGAUGAAUCGGCAACAGUUUCCGACGAGGACUCUAGUUAUUUGGGCCAUGCUCAGGGACGUUAUCCUAUUGCUGACAUAAACUGGCAUCACGUAGAGACACCAUAUAUGAUAUCGUUAUGGGUUCUAUUUGCAAGUUACGCGAAAAUAGCUUUCCAUCUAACGGACAAGUUGGCCAAAAUAUUUCCAGAAAGUUGUUUGCUAAUCAUCCUUGGUAUUAUAGUAGGAAUUGUUAUUUAUUUUGCUGCCCAUGAUGUUAUGCUGGACUAUACACUGGACAGUGACACCUUCUUCCUGUUUUUACUUCCACCCAUAGUACUGGAAGCUGGUUAUUUUAUGCCAAAUCGAUCAUUUUUUGAUAACAUUGGAACUAUUUUACUCUAUGCAGUUGUGGGAACACUUUUUAACGUUUUUUGUAUUGGUACCUCAUUGUACGGGAUUGUUGCCCUAGGAUGGGUAUCUGUUCCAAUGGACCUUUUAGAUUGCUUGGUAUUCAGCAGUUUGAUAUCUGCGGUUGAUCCCGUUGCCGUGCUGGCCGUGUUUGAAGAAGUGCACGUAAAUGAAUCUUUGUUUAUACUUGUGUUUGGGGAAUCCUUGCUAAAUGAUGCAGUCACUGUGGUGCUAUAUCGAAUGUUCAAGCAAUUUGCAGCGAUGGGUGCUGAUAACAUUCUACCAGUUGACUGUGUUGUUGGAGUAACAUCUUUUCUAAUUAUUGGUAUUGGCGGUACACUUAUUGGUAUCGUAUGGGGUCUACUGACGGGAUUUGUCACCAAAUUUACAGAUCAUGUUCGAGUGAUUGAACCAUUAUUUGUGUUUGUUAUGAGUUAUCUCUCCUACCUCACUGCUGAAAUAUUUGGUUUCUCUGGAAUCAUGGCAAUUGUAUUUUGUGGAAUCAUCAUGAAAAAAUACGUAGAAGCUAAUAUAUCACAGAAAUCACACACUACUGUCAAAUAUUUUAUGAAGAUGUUGACGAGUAUAAGUGAAACUAUUAUUUUCAUGUUUCUGGGUUUAUCAGCGGUCCGAGAUGACCAUGUAUGGGAUAGUGCAUUUGUGCUUUGUACACUGUUCUUUUGUCUGUUCUACCGGGCUAUAGGAGUAAUCAUUCUGACUGCAUUAGCCAAUAAGUUCCGGGCAAUCAAAGUGAAUAAAGUGGAGCAGUUCAUCAUGGCUUAUGGCGGUUUGAGAGGUGCUAUAGCAUUCUCACUCGUUAUUUUAUUGGAAGAGCCAACAAAAGUGAUGGCCCAACGCAAAAGCCUUUUUCUCACAACUUGUCUCAUAGUUAUAUUCUUCACAGUAUUUGUCCAGGGUAUGACUGUCAAGCCACUGGUGGAUAAAUUGAAAGUAAAAAAAAGUCAUAAGCACAAGCCUUCUAUGGGUGAGAAGAUAUUUACAAGGUUGAUAGAUCAUGCCAUGGCUGGUAUAGAAGAUGUUAUUGGUAGUCAUGGACACAAUUACUGGAGAGAUAAGUGGGAAGAAAUUGAUAGGAAGUAUUUGCAGCCUUUAUUGAUGCGAGAAAAGCCUGAAGCCAAAGAUAGCCAAAUCCUACAGGUGUACACCAAUCUGAAUAUUAAAGAUGCCAUGGAGUAUGUGAAGAGUGCAGGCUCAUUUAAUGUUCAGCAAGGCAGUGUUGCUAACUAUCUGAGAAGAAACAAGUCAUCUGCCAGUAUGGGUGGAAGGAAUGGAAGUAUUCCCUAUAAUAUGAGUGAUAUAUGUUUAGACAUGCAUAGUGUUGGUGGUGCUGGGGAGUAUGCUAGACGGGAAGUGGAUGAUGCUGAAUUACAUCAUAUAUCUAACCAAGUGUUUGGUAGUAUGCACCAACCCAGGAAAAAGAGCUGCUACAAAAGGAAUAGGCAUAAUAUGCAUGAUGCUGAACUUGAAAAGAACGACCAUCUACUGCGAAGAAGUGUUCAUUUACAUUUGAGGCAUGUGAUGAAACAGAGGAAAAAGAAAGCUAGGAUGGCUAACAGACCCUCUCAUCACAGUUUGAAUUCAGAAGAUGAUAGACCAUCACGUAAUAGUUCUCAUCAUAGCCACGUUGGACAUCACAACGGUCAUCAUCAUCAUCGUAAAGAACACAAAGAUCAUCACCACAAAGGACCACAUAAAAAUGUUAGUUUCAGUAUGGACAUUCCAUUCCCAGAUGAUCCACCAUCUUUUCACAUCGAGCCAACACUGAAAGAAGAGAAUAGUUCUGAUGAAGAAGGUGGUAUAAUAUUUUCAGCUACUCCAGGUGCUGACUAUGAUGAAGAAAUGGAUGGCCCCACUACAGCUAAAGAGCCGAUUGUUCCAACAGCUGCCGAAUGUCUACUUCCUUGGAAGCAGUACAGUGAGCCCAGACUUUCAGACAGAGCUAGGACAGAAUCCUAUGGGCAGUUUGGUACACCUGUUGGUUCUGAAGAUGAGGAUAACAACCCCACAUCACCUGGGAAACCUGUUUCCGAUGAGGGAGGUGAUGAAUCUGAUUCAGGGAUUACUUUUUCAAUUGGCAGUGGUGAAGCUUCAAAACCUAUUCCGAGUCCUAAAAUAGAUCGGCGAAGCUACGGUCAACAUCCGGGAAAUAUUGAACAUCAUACUUUUGAUCCGGUUCACCAUGAUGACUUAACCUAUGCACAACCUCAUGGGGAAAUUAUUGAGGAUGAUGAUCAUGCCAUCCCAGCCUUCCAUAACUACCAUCACCAUAGUGAUGCAGAUGCAGAUGUAGAGGAUGAGGAUGAUGACAAAGAUGAUGUCGAUCAUAGGCAUCAGAGUGGAGGACGUAAGCACCGUUCUGGUCAUCAUCACAGACACAGACACAAUGCUGAUGAAGACAAGACAAGUAAUCCAGAUGGUAGACAUCAUCAUCAUCGCCAUCAUCAUCAUCGUCAUCAUGACAAACCAUCACAUUUUCAGCUUACUGAUUCAGAAGGUGAAGACAACCCACUGUUCAAGAAGGACAGUCACAUAGUUGAAAUGUCUCCACUUGUACCCCAAAGAACAUCAACACCAGCAGAUCUUGAUAUCAAAAUGUCUAAUAAAGAUGAUUAUCCGCAAGACCAACUACGUGUGGAUUUUCGUUCGUCUGAUGGUCAGACUCCUCUUAAUGCUGAAUCUUCUUUAUAACGCAUAACCAGUAAGAAUCAGAAUUUAUAUUAAAAUUAGCAAAAGAAAAUCCACGUUGGAAAGAUGGAAGAAUUAACAUGGCUAACAACCACAGUUGUAUGUAAACUGUAUUUAAUAUGUAACUUUGCAUUGACAUCUACAUGUACAACUCCUGUUUUGUACUCGGCAUUCUCACUGUUACUUUGUAUGUGAAUGUUUACAAUGAAUACAUUGCAGCACUUUUAUAACAGGACUAUGGUUUGAUUUAUGCGCUACAUAAAUAUACAAAUAUCAUCUAAUCCAGUCUGUU